CAUUUUGUCAAAUUGAGAACCCCGCUACAGGAAGUGAGUGAUGAAGGUGCUACGCAGGCGCAAAUUGACCUUUCGGUUGAAGAACCCGUCGGUCACAUAUCAUUUCACCAGUAGUUAAAGCUACAUAACACAGCAUAAUGGGUGAUAUUGAAGACACACACUUUGAGACCGGAGACUCCGGAGCCUCCGCUACUUUUCCUAUGCAGUGCUCUGCCCUGCGCAAGAACGGCUUCGUCAUGCUGAAGGGGCGCCCCUGCAAAAUUGUUGAGAUGUCAACAUCCAAGACUGGAAAGCAUGGCCACGCUAAGGUUCACCUGGUCGGAAUUGAUAUUUUCAAUGGGAAGAAAUACGAAGAUAUCUGCCCUUCCACCCACAACAUGGACGUGCCGCACGUGAAGCGUGAAGAUUACCAGCUGACGGACAUCUCUGAUGACGGCUACCUCACCCUGAUGGCGGAUAACGGCGACCUCCGCGAGGACCUUAAGAUCCCCGACGGCGACCUCGGCACCCAGCUUCGCUCAGACUUCGACAGCGGCAAGGAACUGCUGUGCACCGUGCUCAAGUCUUGCGGCGAGGAGUGCGUCAUUGCAGUGAAGGCAAACACAGCUCUCGACAAAUAAACAAACUCAGCAUUUAUAGGGUUUUAACAAUCGUACUACAAAUAUAAUUUUUUUACAAUCAAACAGCUCUUACAUAAAUGUAAAACAUAAUAUUACAUGUAAUUUAACUUAACGCGGUCGGGCGCGGCUCGAGGCUAAGCUUUGAACUCUGAGGAUUGUAUUGGAUGUUGUAUGUAUGGAGCCUUCCGGAAACUUGGAUUAUAUCGUUUGUCAGCUUAAUAUCGCCCUGUUGCCUUACUUAACAUUGAGUAUUUUAAUACUGCACUGAUUAGAGUCUGUAGUGUGCAGUUUCCUAAGGUAAUGUACGGCAGGCGGGUCGCCGACGCCGCGCCCGAAACUUCAUGUUUGUCUAUUUUCUGUUUGUUCUCUUUUCGCUUACUUCUACAUAACGUUAUUUAAGUUGCGAAACGCCGACAUUAGAGCGAGACAUCGGUGUGCGAGGGAGAGAGCGAUAGAGGUAAAUUCUGUGUGGUCGGAUAUUAUUGUUUUAUAGUGGUGUUAUAACGAAAAGAUGGACGCAAACUUGAAGUUCUUACCGAUUUAAAUGCUAAAUUGAUUACAGCCCACGUCAAAAAAGCUAAAAUUGAAAAAAAAAAUAGAAAUAAAGGAAAUUAUUGAAUGUGUUGUGUGAUUGAUUAGUCCUUUACUUGUGAUUUCGGUCACGCGGUUGUCUUACGUAUAUCAUCCCUAUAUGUGUAACACUUGCCAUCUGUUCAAAUCCAAUCGGUGCAAUAGUCCAGUAAAAAUAUAAUUUUCACCAAUUCAAAGACUGACAAUUAACUGACCAUUCGGAAUCAAUCGCUUCAGCCAAGACUGAAAUUUGCAUUUGUAGAUGAAAUAGUAUUUCCUUUGGAGUACAUCGCUUACUUUGGCCUUUCCUUGCUCUCUUUUUGUUUAUUUUGAACAAAUGUAAUAUGUUACACUUAAUUCGGGGUCUUAGCGCUGGUACGUAGGGUACUUGUUUCCUCUCGGACAUGUGAACUCAUUUAUCAACAGAUUGUCAAAGACGAUAUGAUAUACGAAAUUAAUGUAAGAAUGUAAGGUAAGGCCCUAUAGGAGAGAUAUUUUUUUAUGCAAUUGAAAUUCUUUCAUCUGUAGAUUUAAUAUUCCUAAGCUGUUUUGUAGAAAAACAGGUAACCUUUUUUUUAGUUUUUUAAAACUUCAAAUAAUUGUCUUGGUAUACAACGCGACUAUUCCCUAGACUAUAAUUUUCAACUAAAUAUUCGUGCGAUAUUUACCAACUACCCUCACGUAAUUCCUACCAAAGUUGCCAGUACAUUGUACAACUUCAAGAAAAAAAGAUAAAUACGUCUUAUUUCUUAAAGUAAAGAAAUGUCGCGUUGUUAUAUCAUUUGUCAUCACAUUGAAAGAUUCAUUUUGUCUGUACAUCUAUAAUUGCAUAAUCGUUAUUUUGUUGAUCUUUUUAUACAUGCAGCUUGUAAUCAGAAUUAUUUUAUAAAAUACAACAACCCUAAGGUAUCUGUAAAGACAUCGGGAGGUGUGAAAUAAAAUACUUUAGUCAGUAAUAAAUAUUUUUUACUAACGAUGUCGUGUCCCUUCCCGAUGACGUGUGACGGUAGUCUGACAUGUAGAACUUAUGCAUUAAAUGUGAAAUAUUCGUAACCGUUUAGAUGUAAUGGCCGUCGGUGCACCUAUAAUUUAUUACGAGUUAUGUUUCUCUCGAACGCAUGGUCACUAAAAGAUAGAAAUUUACUGUGACAAUACAAAAUAUGAAAUUUCAAGCGAACCAUGUGAGCGAGGGAGACUUAAUUGUAAAUGCGAAUUAUUAUUUAGACUUUAAUUAAUUUUUUAAGGGGGCGAAAGACCAGGCUUAUAUCUGUGUGAAGGUAAACUAAAGCUGUGUAUAUACUCGAGAUUCGUUAAAAGUGAUCGGUAUCUUUAAAUUUCUACAGUCCAAUAGAACAUUACCCGACUAAUGAUUGUAAACAUGCGAAAGUUGACCGAAUUUUGAUAGAAAUGCUGGAAUGAAUAUGGAACUCAGUAAUAAGUAUUUAACAGUCAAAUUAAAUCUGUACAAAACAACA